AUGGAUCAAAUGAAGACUAAACCAAAGGGUCGUUCGGCUAAGAACUCAGUGAAAAGUAAAGGCAAUGAAAACCGAAAACCAAAAAACGACCGAAAGAUAGAAAAGGAUAAAUUUGUCUUCAUGAGCUGCAUAUCGAGCAAACUGAAGCUAUCGUCCAAUUCAUUGCACGAUUCAAAAGAGGCUCAAAAUUAUAAGCAGUUUAAUGGGAGCCGGACUCCAGUACUGAUGUAUUCGCCUUUUGGUAUCGAAACUCCCAGCCCUCGGGUGGACCGCAAACACCUCAAGAGGAGUUGUUGUCGACAAAUGUUCUUCAGUCCGACGCAGAAGAUUAAAGAGGAUGUCUUAUAUCUUAACAAUGGUAUCAAAGAAUUGAAUCUAUUAUCGGAAGGCAUUGAGAAUCGCUUCUCUCCGUCCAAUUCCAGCACUUCAAUCAUCUUUGACUCCAAUCAGAGUCUUAUCUAA